CAGGCCGAUUUCUAUCGCAGUCAGAGGCGGCGCUCAUAGCGUCGUGGUAACAAGUAUCACCUAGGAACCAAGGAGGUGAUUCUGGAUAUAAUAUGAGAAACGCAUAGAUUUUUGUUGUACUAGACUAACAGGAGCCAUGCCUGGCUCUGCCAAACCUAAACCACGAGCCCUGUUUCGGUAAAUGUAUUUAUCUUACUGUUGUCACUGGCAAUUUGAACAUGCUGCAUUCUACGAUAACUCCCUGUCCUGGAAUCUGUUUUUCAUCCGUUUGAAAUGCGGACUAAGCAACACAGACGCGCUGACAGCAGUUACAUCUGGAAGCGUUUCAAUUAUUUGCAUCUGGACGGAAGUUAACAACAAGAAGACUUAUAUUUGGGGCGGUGUCGUAGCAGGGACCGCGACCGACAACAAGAGCGAGGUGGUCCUACAACCGACAGAGUGCACUUUGCGGGAUUGAUUGAACGCGCAAAAUCCCAAUUCAUCGCGAGCUCAAGACUCUGGGAUUUCCCAAAAUCAGAUUUGUGAAUGGUUGUCAUACGGUCUUGCAUUUUUCGAGCGUGUAACAUUUUCCAUAUUUUUGUCAAAUUCUGUGUAUUUUUUUUUUCGGUAAAAACUGCAGAAACUAUGGCUGAUUGUACGACAGAGGAUUAGUGUGGGGAUUAUAUUUAGCAGUGGCGGAAUCCUCUCCGUUCAUUUGUCAUUUGUUUAUUCUGCACCACUGGGCUACAUACAUCCCAUUGGGAGACAAUUCUUGUACGAUUUAAAAUAAGCCCUGUGUUUUUACACCUUUUAAAUGUUCUUCUGGAUGAAUGUAAAUGGCUGGUCUCUGUUUACCCUGUGAAAAGUUAUUCAGCAUGAAAUCUUCUGAUGUAAUGAGAGAACGUAUCUCGCAUUUUAAAGGAUAUUAAAAACAUACUCGAGUUCCAAAAUGUUUCGACACAGUUAAGCAAAUCCUGAUGUGCACAUCAGUUGGAUGAGCGACUGACCCUGUGGCAACAUAACUAACACUGAGAGGACCGCCUGUGUCACUGAAGUAUUUUUAUGAGCAAAUCACGGGCAGCGUUGAUGUCCUUCAAGACAGAGACAAAUAAGAACUUCUAAGAAACAUCAACCAUAAGAAGUUGUUAAAUACCAUGGCCGAUCGGACUGCACCCCGUUGCCAACUGAGAUUAGAAUGGAUUUACGGGUAUAGAGGGCAUCAGUGCCGCAACAACCUGUACUACACCGCAGGCAAGGAAGUGGUGUAUUUCGUUGCUGGAGUUGGCGUCGUGUACAACACCAGAGAACACACGCAGAAGUUCUUUCUAGGGCACAAUGACGAUAUUAUCAGUCUGGCUCUGCACCCUGAACGGUCUCUGGUGGCCACGGGACAGGUGGGCAAGGACCCGUUCAUCUGCGUUUGGGACACCUUCACCGUGCAGACCGUCUCCAUCCUCAAAGACACGCACUCUCACGGGGUCGCCUGCCUGGCCUUCAGUUCGGACGGACAGCGUUUGGCCUCUGUGGGGCUUGAUGCUAAAAAUACAGUGUGUGUUUGGGACUGGAAGAAAGGGAAGGUUUUGGCAACAGCAACGGGACACUCUGAUAGGAUAUUUGACAUAACCUGGGACCCGUUCCAGCAGCAUCGUCUGGUGAGCUGUGGGGUAAAACAUAUCAAGUUCUGGGCUAUGUGUGGGAACGCUCUGACGCCUAAACGAGGGAUAUUUGGGAAGACAGGGGACCUGCAGACCAUCCUGUGUGUGGCAUCCGCCAAGGAUGACAUCACCUACUCGGGCGCCCUGAACGGCGACAUCUACGUGUGGAAAGGGCUGAACCUGGUGCACACCAUACAAGCGGCACACGGGGCUGGUAUCUUCAGCAUGUAUGCCUGUGAGGAGGGCUUUGCCACUGGAGGCAGGGACGGCUGCAUCAGGCUGUGGGACGGCGACUUCAAACCCAUCACCAAAAUUGACCUGCGGGAGACGGAGCAGGGCUACAAAGGGCUGUCCAUCCGGAGUGUGUGCUGGAAGGCGGACCGUAUCCUGGCGGGGACGCAGGACAGUGAGAUCUUUGAGGUGAUGGUGCGGGACAGAGACAAGCCUCUGCUCAUCAUGCAGGGCCACAGUGAGGGCGAGCUCUGGGCUCUUGACAUCCAUCCCAAAAAGCCUCUUGCUGUGACUGGCAGUGAUGACCGCUCUGUACGGCUGUGGAGCCUGGUGGAUCAUGCCCUGAUUGCACGCUGCAACAUGGAGGAGGCGGUGCGCAGCGUGGCCUUCAGCAGUGACGGCUCCCAGCUGGCCCUGGGCAUGAAGGACGGCUCCUUCACUGUGCUGCGGGUCAGGGACAUGACGGAGGUGGUGCACAUCAAAGACAGGAAGGAGGUGGUCCACGAGAUGAAGUUCUCCCCGGACGGUACCUACCUGGCCGUGGGCUCCAAUGACGGCCUGGUGGACAUCUACGCUGUGGCCCAGCGCUACAAGAAGGUGGGCGAGUGCAACAAGUCGUCCAGCUUCAUCACACACCUGGACUGGUCCAUCGACAGCAAGUUCCUACAAACCAACGACGGGGCCGGAGAGCGCCUCUUCUACAGGGUGCCAACGGGAAAGCACCUCACCACCAAGGAGGAAACCAAAGGGAUCCACUGGGUCUCGUGGACGUGCGUGAUCGGGCCGGAGGUGACCGGAAUCUGGCCCAAGUACACCAACAUCAACGACAUCAACUCUGUGGACGCCAACUACAACAGUGCUGUCCUGGUCACCGGCGAUGACUUUGGCCUUGUCAAGCUCUUACGAUUCCCCUGUCUGAAGAAAGGUGCAAAAUUUAAGAAGUACGUUGGCCACUCCGCCCAUGUAACCAAUGUGCGCUGGUCACAUGACUUCCAGUGGAUACUGACCACGGGCGGGGCAGACCACUCUGUGUUCCAGUGGAGGUUUCUGCCCGAGGGCAUCAUGAAUGGAGUACCAGAACCCCUGCAUCAAGAUGGAUAUGCGGAUUCCAACAGCGAGGAGUCUGAUUCAGACCUGUCAGAUGUUCCAGAGCUGGACUCAGACAUCGAGCAGGAGACCCAAAUCAAUUAUGACCGCCAGGUGUACAAGGAGGAUCUACCUCAGCUGAAGCAGCAGAGCAGAGAGAAGAAGCAGCUUGUGGGAUCUCUGAAGAGACAGAGGUGCCCUGACGUUGGCUUGCGACUGAAGUUUGUACAUGGGUAUCGGGGCUAUGACUGUAGGAAUAAUUUGUUUUACACGCAGACAGCCGAGAUUGUGUAUCACGUGGCGGCGGUGGCCGUCGUCUACAACCGGCAGCAGCACUCGCAGCGCUUCUAUCUGGGCCACGAUGACGACAUCCUCAGUCUCACCGUCCACCCACUCAAAGAUUACGUGGCCACCGGACAGGUUGGGAGGGAUCCAGCCAUCCAUGUCUGGGAUAUCCAAACCCUGAAGUGCCUCUCCCUUCUGAAGGGGUAUCAUCAGAGAGGGGUGUGUGCGCUGGAUUUCUCAGCGGAUGGAAAGAGCCUGGUGUCAGUGGGAGUGGAUGACCACCACACCAUAGUCGUGUGGGACUGGAAGAAAGGAGAGAAGCUGGCCACUGCCAGGGGACACAAAGACAAGCUGUUUGUGGUGAAGUGCAAUCCGCUCCUAAUGGACAAGCUGGUCACUGUGGGCAUGAAGCACAUUAAGUUCUGGCAGCUAGCAGGUGGCGGCCUCACGUUCAAGCGAGGAGUACUUGGGAACCUCGGGAAGCCCGAGACGAUGAUGUCGGUCUGUUACGGUCGCACGGACGACCUGGUCUUCUCUGGCGCUGCCACAGGGGACGUCUUCAUCUGGAAGGAACCGGUGCUUCUGAAGACCAUCAAAGCCCACGAUGGGCCUGUGUUUGCCAUGUUCUCAUUGGACAAGGGGUUUGUGACCGGUGGAAAGGACGGUGUGGUGGAGCUGUGGGAUGACAUGUUUGAGAGGUGUCUGAAGACAUACGCCAUCAAGAGGGCAUCACUCUCCUCUGGAUCCAAAGGACUGCUGCUGGAGGAUAACCCUUCCAUUCGUGCCAUUACUCUGGGACAUGGACAUAUCCUAGUCGGAACUAAGAAUGGAGAGAUACUUGAAAUUGACAAAAGUGGUCCUAUGACUCUGCUGGUCCAGGGUCACAUGGAGGGGGAGGUGUGGGGCCUGUCCGCUCACCCGCUGCUCCCCAUAUGUGCAACCGUGAGCGACGACAAGACGCUGCGGAUCUGGGAGCUCUCGGCCAACCACCGCAUGGUGGCCGUCCGCAAGCUGAAAAAAGGUGGAAGAUGCUGUGCCUUCUCCCCUGACGGGAAAGCCUUAGCAGUGGGCCUAAACGACGGCAGCUUCCUGGUGGUGAACUCCGACACGCUGGAGGACCUGGUGUCAUUCCACCACCGCAAGGAGCUCAUCUCUGACGUGAGAUUUUCACAAGAUGCCGGUAAAUACCUUGCUGUGGCCUCCCACGAUAACUUUGUGGACAUCUACAACGUGCUGACAAGCAAGAGAGUGGGCAUCUGCAAAGGAGCGUCAAGCUACAUCACUCACAUAGAUUGGGACACCCGCGGUAAACUGCUUCAAGUUAAUUCUGGUGCCAAAGAGCAGCUAUUCUUCGAAGCCCCAAGAGGAAAGAGACAAACCAUUCGCAAUGUAGAGAUUGAGAAGAUGGAGUGGGCCACCUGGACCUGCGUUCUGGGCCUCACCUGUGAGGGCAUCUGGCCCACCCACAGCGACAUCACCGACAUCAACGCCGCCUCGCUCACCAAAGACCGGAGGCUGCUGGCCACCGGGGACGACUUCGGCUUCCUGAAGCUCUUCAGUUAUCCGGCCAGGGGACAGUAUGCCAGAUUUAAGCGCUAUGUGGGCCACAGUGCCCAUGUGACCAACGUGCGCUGGGCCCAGGACGACGUCACGCUGCUGACAGUGGGCGGUGCGGACACGGCGCUGAUGAUCUGGGCUCUAGAGCUGGAGGGGAACCGGGACAAUCGUCCGGUGGACAGCGAGGAGUCCGAGGAGGACACGGAGGAGGACGGAGGUUAUGACAGUGACGUGGCCAAGGAGAAGAGUAUUGACUACACCACUAAGAUCUACGCUGUGAGCAUCCGAGACAUGUGCGGCACCAAGCCUCACCAGCAGCAGAAGGAGGUGUCGGCUGAGGAGAGGCAGGGCAUUGUCAAGGGAUCCAGGCCUCCCGUCAGCCGGGCUGCUCCCCCACCAGAGAAGCUUAAGAAGAACAACAUCACCAAGAAGAAGAAGCUGGUGGAGGACCUGGUCCUGGACCAUGUGUUUGGGUUUCGGGGAUUCGACUGUCGCAACAACCUUCACUACCUCAACGAUGGAGCGGACAUCGUCUAUCACACUGCAGCCACGGCCCUGGUGCACAGCCUUAGCACAGGUACUCAGACCUUCUACUUGGAACAUACAGACGACAUCCUCUGUUUGACCGCCAACCAACAUCCCAAAUAUAAAAAUGUCAUUGCCACUGGACAGAUCGGCGAUGUCACUGAGCUGCCAGGGUCGACCCCAUCCAUCCACGUGUGGGACGCCAUGAGCAAGCAGACGCUGUCCAUCCUGCGCUGCCCGCACGGCAAGGGCGUGGGCUACGUCAACUUCAGCGCCACGGGGAAGCUGCUGCUGUCGGUCGGGGUGGACGCCGAGCACAGCAUUACUGUGUGGCGCUGGCAGGAAGGAGCCAAAGUGACCAGUAAAGGGGGCCACGUGGACCGCAUCUUUGUGGCCGAGUUCAGACCAGACUCCGACUCCCAGUUUGUGUCGGUGGGCAUCAAACACAUAAAGUUCUGGACGCUGGCCGGAGGCUCCCUGAUGUAUAAGAAGGGGGUGGUGGGCGGCGUGGUGGAGGACCCCAGAAUGCAGACUAUGCUCUCAGUGGCCUUUGGUGCUAAUAACCUUACGUUCUCGGGUGCCAUCAAUGGGGAUGUGUACGUGUGGAAAGAUCACUUCCUGGUGCGAGUGGUGGCCAAAGCGCACACGGGGCCUGUGUUCACCAUGUACACCACCCUCCGAGAUGGCCUCAUCGUCACCGGGGGAAAAGAACGACCGACGAAGGAGGGAGGAGCAGUGAAACUGUGGGAUCAGGAGAUGAAGCGUUGCCGGGCUUUCCAGCUGGAGACGGGACAGUCGGUUGAAUGUGUCCGUACCGUGUGUCGGGGAAAGGGUAAGAUACUGGUGGGAACAAAGGAUGGGGAGAUCAUUGAAGUAGGUGAGAAGAACGCUGCCUCCAACAUCCUUAUUAACGGCCACAUGCAGGGAGAGAUCUGGGGUUUGGCCACUCACCCCUCAAAAGAUGUCUUCAUCUCUGCUAGUGACGACGAAACAAUCCGGAUAUGGGACUUAGUAGACAAGAAACUGCUUAACAAAGUUAGCCUGGGCCAUCCAGCCAAGUGUGCAGCCUACAGCUCUGAUGGGGAGAUGGUGUCAGUAGGGAUGAAGAAUGGUGAGUUCAUCAUCCUCCUCACCAACUCGCUCAAGAUGUGGGGGAAGAAGCGAGACCGAAGCUCUGCCAUUCAAGAUAUCCGGUUUAGUCCAGAUAAGCGGCUGCUGGCGGUGGGAUCAGUAGAGUGCACUGUGGACCUGUAUGACCUGACACAGGGCCCCUCCCUCAACCGCAUCGGCUACUGCAAGGACAUCCCCAGCUUUGUCAUCCAGAUGGACUUCUCAGCUGAUAGCAGGUUCAUAGAGGUGUCGACAGGAGCUUAUAAGCGGCAGGUGCACGAGGUGCCAUCAGGGAAGAUGGUGCAGGACCAGUUUGUUACUGACAGGAUCACGUGGGCCUCUUGGACCAGCAUCCUUGGGGAUGAGGUUCUGGGAAUUUGGCCAAGAAAUGCAGACAAGGCAGAUGUCAACUGUGCCUGUGUCUCACAUGCUGGCCUCAACAUCGUCACAGGGGAUGACUUCGGCCUGGUCAAGCUCCUCGACUUCCCAUGCCCUGACAAAUUUGCCAAACACAAGCGCUACUUUGGGCACUCUGCUCAUGUGACCAACAUACGUUUCUCCUAUGAUGAUAAGCAUGUGAUCAGCACUGGGGGUGAUGACUGCAGUGUGUUUGUAUGGAAAUGCUUGUGACUCAGACCCCUCGUCUCCAAAACCUCAAGUGUCCGGCUUGACAUGCUGCAAAAGAAUCACCAACCUAAAGGAUGUGGAUUGUUGGGGGGUGGUCUGAGUGGGGAAGGGAUUGGUUCAGAGGUGCAAUAUUUUUUUUUGUGAUUAUUUAACUAAAUUACAGAUUGUGGGGGAUUGUUCUACAAAAUGCCCCAUUUCCAAUGGUGAUUCAGUGGGGGGUACAGAGAAAUAAAUACAUGUUUACAUAACCUGUUUUACAUUAGGAAUAUUGAAAGGGAAAGGGGUUGCCAUUAUAGAUGUUUGCUUAUUUUUUUAAUCAAAGCAUUUAUAAUGUUAGUUUCAUUGUUGUUUUUAAAGAUUUUUUUUCUUAUCAUGAAAUAUAAGUGCCUUUAUGAAUAUUUUCAUUCUUUCUUUUCAUGAAUCAAGGUUUCUUGGUUGUUUUGUAAACUAAAGGUGCUAAAGGAUCAUUUGAUUCUUUUACAGUUUUUCACAAUCCCCAAGACACUGCAUUUUCUUGAAAUUGUGCACUAUUUUCUCUAUACUAUAAACACAAAUCCAAACCGACACACUUACGUACACAGAACAGAAUCAAACACCCCACCCAAAACCAUAUUCCCUUCAAGUUAAAUCAAUCUUUGCCUUGACGGUCAUCAUUGAUACAUACACUGCUCAAAUCCUAUUCAAAACACUCCCAAGGAAACCUGUUUCUGCGAAGAAAUAGGAAUUAUAUGCAUUUGGAAUGACCACUAGACAUUUCCAUUCUACUGUAAUCUGUAACACAGUGAGGGAACACAAAAGCAUUUGGUAAACAGAACAUUAAGAGCCCAUGGGUCUUUCUUCUAGUCAAAGAAAUGGCUUGUUUGCAUGUAAGCAAUUGUGAAAAACUGUAAUUGUAAUCUAUAGACAGCUAUACAUCUGAAGCUCUACACUUGCAGUCCCCAAGGGAAGUUAUUCCCGCGGAGUUUGUGGCCGAACUUGAAAUUCCUGUGUAGGUUAUAGCUGACAUUGUAUUGUGUGGGCUUGACAAUGCAUAACUCAAGUGAAGUAUUGCAUACAUAUGGAGGAAGGAAAUCAUUUUGGUUCCUGUCUUACUUGAUUCAAAAUUGUGUGAGUAAAACAAGUUUUGAUGGUUUUCUAAAAACAUUUUUGAUGCCGACUUAAUUCACAGAAUUGCUUGUAUGAUGUGCCCAAACCACUGUAGUAGUCCGCAUUCUAGCAUGCGUUAGCAAAACAUCUAUAUGUUUCCUGGAGAAGGGUUUGGUGCUUCGAAGAAUUCUUUAGACAGUUUAUUCUGGAACAAGCAGACAGUUGAGGGGACUUGUAACACCAAAGUUGACUAUGCAGUCUUAAUUAGAGAAAGGAUUUCUUAACUGAAUUCAUAGGUCGCAACCAAAGGCAGGUGCUUACUUGGAAGAAUGAUGUUCAGAUGUGCCCUUGUGGCAGUUUAGUGCUAUGAGUCCAGGUCUUAAUUUGUCAUAGUCCAACUCUCAGCGUUGCCUUUGUCUUUAGCCCGUACUUCUUUAUCACUGUAAUGUUUAGCGUGUGGCAGCAAUAUUAGGUCAAUAUUGUUAUGUGAGUCUAUAUUGAAUAUGGAUGUCCUGCAAUUUUUUUUUACUUGAUCAGUCUGAUUGGUGUUGAAAUUGUUUGUAUCAUACUGUACAUUUAAAGGAAAUUGCUCAGUGCAUGACUUUAUUUUUAAAUCAGAGUACAGAUGUGAAAUGAAGCUGGAUUUCACUGUAUGAAUGACAAUCAUGGUUUUGCUUUUUUUAUACCAAAUCUCACGAAAUCAUGAAUGUGUGAUCUGUGUCUAAAUGUGCUAUAUAUGAACUUAAAUAAAUAAGACCAGAAUGUGGGUAAUGAACAA